UUCAGAAAUCAUCAGUUCGUCUGCCAACGCAUUCCCACAAGCAUCUGCUAACCACCAACCCAAAAACCCCCAAAAACUCCAUUCAAAAUGUUCAAGAUUGUUGCCCUGUUCGCCAUCCUGGCUGUUGCCUCCGUGUCGGCUAAGGCUGAUCCCAAGCCUGGUGUGCUGGCUUACGCUGCUCCUGCUGCCUAUGUGGCCGCUCCGGCUGCAUAUGUGGCUGAAGGAGGCGCCGUUUACGAGCGUACCUUCCAUGGAAAUACGGCUCCUCUUGCCUAUGCUGCCUAUGCUGCCCCAUACCCAUAUGCUGCCGCUCCUCUGGCUUACUCGGCCCCCUACGUCGCAGCCGCUCCCGCUCCCGCGGUGCUGCUGAAGUAAACUGAUGACUGAUCUGGACAUACUGCCCGCAUCUGAAAUGUUCCCGUUGAUUCCUGUUAUGAAAGUGGACACUCUGUAAAUAAAUCUGUUGAAUUGACACUGGCCAUGAGCUAAGUUGCAAA